AAUUACGGGCAUGUGCUAAUUUUACAACAAUUCCAAUUGAUUUAUCCUUACAAGAUGAUAUAUUCAAUGAUAACAAACCUUGUAUUACAAAUCAAAAUAUUUCCACUUCUGUUUUUACUCCGGUGAAUUCUGAUAUAUUUAUGACUUUUGAGACAAAGCUUAAUAUCGAAGAUAUAGCAGACCUCACUUUGUCUUUUUUUAAUUUUAAUAACAUUGAAUCGUGUUAUGAAAAAUUUCAAUUACAAUCUAGACCAACAUCAAGCCAAGGCCGUGGAAAUAUGGACUUUGAAGUAUCGAAUAUUGUUGAUGAGGUCUUAGGAAAUGAAACUGACGAUAAUUAUUUUUAA